AUGCGUCGUUUUUUGCGGUCCGUGCUGUGCCGCGUGACGCCGUGGCGGCUCUCACCAGUGCUUUGCGCGCCCGUUCAUCAGGUGCAUCACACGUCGUCUGUUGUGGGCAACUCAUCGCCUCUUGCCCAUGUGAUGGAAUUGAUGGAGGCGAAAAACUACGACGGUGUGGUGCAAUUCUAUGAGGCCUCGUACCGCGCUGACCGCAUGUCGCUGCAGGAAUUUUCUGGCGGUGCCUUUCAGGCGCGGGACAUGGCGGUGUGUUUGAUGCGUACUUUUACGGCGUUGGGUCGCAUGGACCGAGUGCGUGAGGUCUUUGCCGCCGGGCUGCGAGAUCUUGCGGGAAAUGGGCAAGGAAAAGACAGCGGCCGUACCGUGUCACUCCUGAAUGCGAAUUUUUUUAACGCCUAUUUGGAGGUGCUGACGCAGCGGAAGAACUUUGCGACUGAGGAGGUGCUUUAUAUCUUGAAGGAGAUGAAAGCAGCGAAUGUCGUCCCUGACGCGCUGACGUAUCAUUAUCUCAUUGAACUGCACAUCCGCAUGGGCGUAGACCCUGUCGGUUUGUGGAACGACAUGCGCCGGGGCUCGGAGUUGCAGCCGCUGCCAUGUACUGUCCAGGCCCUCCUGCUGCAAGUUGUCCCUUCGUCGCCGGAUGCGUCCUUUGUGGUGGAUGUCACGCGCGAGGCACUUCGUCAUGGAGGCAACGUGCUGGACAAGCGGCUGCUUGCAGGGCUGAUGGAACAGUGGCUCCAUAACGCGCAGGAGUACCCGCCGGAGUACGUCCUUUGGCUGAUGUUGAACUGGAAAU